AAAACCAUUUCAUUCUAUGAGUGCAUUCUCCAGAUGUUUUUCUUCCACUUCAUUGCUGGCACUAUGGGGUUUUGCCUUGUGGGGAUGGCAAUUGAUCGGUAUGUGGCCAUCUAUAAACCACUGCGGUACUUGACUAUCAUGAACCAGCGUGUGUGCGUGGGGAUAAUGGUACUGGCAUGGCUGGGGGGAUUGGCCCACUCUGCUGUUCAGAUUGGACUGCUCUUCCAGUUACCGUUCUGUGGGCCGAACGUCCUGGACAAUUUUUACUGUGAUGUCCCACAGGUCAUCCAACUGGCCUGCAUUGACACUCAGUUGGCUGAACUGCAGAUGAUCUUCAACAAUGGAGCAGCGAUUAUAAUAAUAUUCAUCAUUCUGCUUGUUUCUUACACCGCCAUCUUAGUCAAGAUCAGGACACACAUCACGGAUGGGAAGCAGAAAGCUCUGUCCACCUGUGUAGCCCAGAUUAUCGUGGUAUGUUUACAAAUCAUACGCAGCAUCUUCAUCUAUGCUCGGCUCUUCAAGAACUUCACCCUGAAUAAGGUGAUCUCAGUCAUUUACACUGCAAUCACCCCAAUGCUGAACCCGAUGAUCUACACGCUGAGAAAUGCCGAGAUGAAGAAGGCCAUCAGGAGGCUGAUGAGCAGAACGCUGUGCUCAGGGAGGGAGAUAGAGACAUAA